AUGUCUGCCGACGACCAGCAGUUCCUAGACGUGCUCUCGAGCAUCCCCGUCCACCUCCGCAAGUACUCCAACGACGUCGCCGAUUUCAUCGACCACAACGUCGACCGCGCCGCUGAUGUCGUCCGCGAGACGCUCUCCGCGUCGAAAUGGAUCCCCGACUCUAUUCGCCCUAGCCCGCCGGCCCGGCCUCCCGUCGCCGUCAUCUCCAUGACGCGCUUCGAAAGGGUCCAGGAUUGGGUCGCUCGGCACAAGGUCCUGACGGGUGUCGUCAUCAUCGUCUGCGGCACCGUCGUCUUCAAGGGCUAUCAGAAAAGCCGCUGGCUGAGGAAAACGCGGAGGGCGAAGCGCGCCAGGAAUGGCGGGCGUACCGAGGUCAUCGUCAUUGCCGGGUCGCCCACCCUGCCGUUGACCAAGUCGCUGUCGCUUGACAUGGAGAGGAGAGGCUUCAUCGUCUACGUCGUCUGCAAUGCGUCGGAGGAUGAGAGCCUAGUGCACGCAUACUCCCGGCCGGAUGUCCGUCCACUGGCCAUCGAUACGACAGACCCGCCCAGCGCCGGAGCCGCCAUGGAGCGCUUUGCCGGCUACCUUCAGUCACCACAGGCCCCGGGCCCUCAGAUGAAGCCGAAUCAGUUGACCCUCAAGUCGGUCAUCCUCAUCCCCAGCCUACACUACCAGACCUCCCCCAUCGCCACCAUCCCGCCCUCGAGCUUCGCCGACCUCUUCAACACGCACCUCCUCCAGCCGAUCCUCACAAUCCAAGCUUUCCUCCCGCUGCUCACCUCGCGUCUGUGUCCCAUCGGUGAGAAGUGGGUUCCGCCCAAGGUCCUCGUCUUCACGCCGUCCAUCAUCUCCUCCAUCAACCCACCGUUCCACGCGCCCGAGGCGACCGUCUGCUCCGCGCUCUCCGCCUUCACCGAGGUGCUCACCGCCGAGCUCCGACCCCUCGACAUUCCUGUAACACACAUGCAGCUGGGCACAUUCGACUUCUCCGGAUUCGUGCCCACGAGAGCUGCCAUCCCGGCGUCAGGCAAUCCGCAGGACACCCUCGUCUGGGCAGACGGCGCACGCCACGUCUAUGGGCGCAACUUUGUCGCCCAAACCAGCUCCGCCAUCUCGGGCGGCCGCAUUCGCGGCCUCAAGGGAAGCUCCCUUCGGCGUCUGCACAACACCGUCUUUGACGUGAUUGAUGGCUCCAUCGCCGCCGACUCGGUGCGCGUGGGCCUGGGCGCCAGCGUCUAUGGCUUCGUCGGCCGGUGGGUGCCCCGCGGCCUCGUAUCUUGGAUGAUGGGCAUCCGCCGGGUGGAUGAGCUGUCCGCGUGGAAGUCAAGCUCCUACGAGGGCUCGUCGCGCGAGGAAAGCGAAGAUGGCGAAGCGGCGGCUGCUGGUGCGGGCGCGUCGUCUCACGACUUUGUUGCCGUUCCGUCGGAGCGCAACGUGUGGAACUCGGACACGACGGGGAGCAGCCUGUGGGUUCCGUCCACAGCCGAGUCCUCGUAG